AUGGCACCACCAUCAACACAGCCAACCACAGCAGCAGAGAGCAGCGGUAGGGAUGUCUAUCCGAAUAAGAGCCUCAAGAGAAAAGAGUCAUUCAUACUCGAAGUUGAUCAAGGCUCCUGCAGUGACAAUGUGGUGAUGGGUCUGUUCUGUCUGGUCAUGAUCGUGUUUACGUUUGUCAUUAUUUUUGGGGAUGCUCUGUUGCUACCCAGGGAUACUCUUGUCUGGUGUCAAGCGGCACAACGUGGAGCUCCCUUGAAGACAUAUGCCAAUGUCGAUGCGGUGCGAGAUCCGUGCUACUACGAACGCAGUCUCUAUCUAUUGGGGUGGAGCAUGUUCGAAUGCGACUUUGGACGACGCAUGAUUGCCUCCGUCGUAUUGGGAGCUGUGAUUGGCUACGAACGCAAAGCGGCCGAGCGUCCUGCGGGCAUAAGGACCAUGAGUCUCGUUUGUCUAGGGGCUGCAACCUUUACCAUGGGAGGACAAUUCGCCUUUCGAUCCUCCACCAUGGGAUGGGAUGCCGCUCGUGUCAGUGCUGCCAUUCCUUCGGGCGUCGGGUUUCUGGGAUCCGCAUUGAUUUGGAAAGCAACCACUGGAGAAAAGGGACAAAAUCAACGCAACCAUGUCCAUGGCAUCACCACGGCAGCAUCUGUCUGGUUGUCUGCGUCUGUUGGUAUUGGAGCUGGAGGAGCACUGUAUGUCAUGUCCGUGUGGACGGUAGUGUUGGUGGUCUUUGUGCUGCGAAUGGCACCACAACUCAAAGGUAGCAACAGACGAGCCACGGUUAGCGGUGGAGAUGUUGUACCAAAGUCAGUCUCUUACCAGAAGAACUUUGAUCAAUUGCUCCGAGAAUCCAUGCGGAUACAAAAGAGACAAAUGCCGGCUCUUCACAGUGAUUAG